AUGGAUCCUUCUUUAUCAUCUGCGACUCAUUCCCCCACACUGUCUUCUCCAUCUUCUCCGUCUUCGUCCCCAAAGUCCUGGUUCUCAGGAAUGGUUCGCAGCCGUUCGAAUAAGUCAGGUGGCUCUAGAAUGGGUGCUGAUUCCGUCACCGUCGUUACAGGUGACUGCCGAAGCGCCGUCGUCCGAAAACAUCAAUUCCAAGGGGUUUUAUUCAAGUAUGGUCCAAAUGCUAUUCAGGUCGCAUUUAGGACUGGUGAACACAAACGUCAAGUCAUAUUUAUUGGCGGAUUAGCCAAUGGCUUUCUUGCUACUGCAUAUUUGGAGCCUCUGGCAAUGGCUCUGGACGCUGAAAAUUGGUCGCUUGUUCAGUUUCUCAUGUCAUCUUCAUAUGGCGGAUACGGCACCUCCAGCUUGCAACAAGAUGCCAAGGAGUUGGAUCUGCUAAUUAAUUAUUUAAUUGACAAAGAGGAUUCUGAAGGCGUGAUACUGCUUGGACAUAGCACUGGCUGUCAGGAUAUUAUUCAUUACAUGAGUACAAAUGCUGCAUGCACCCGUGCUGUUCGUGCCGCUAUCUUUCAGGCUCCAGUCAGUGACAGGGAAUUUCAAUCUACGCUCCCUCAUACUGCUUCUAUGGCUGAAUUGGCUGCUAAAAUGAUAAGUGAAGGCCGAAGUUCAGAGUUCAUGCCAAGGGAUGCAGAUCCUAAUGGCCCAAUAACUGCCUACAGGUAUAACUCCCUUUGUUCAUAUAAUGGAGAUGAUGAUUUGUUCAGCUCUGACCUGAGUGAUGAGCAGUUGAAGACGAGACUUGGGCACAUGUCUUGCACGCAGUGCCAGGUUAUAUUUUCAAUGUCGGAUGAACAUGUGCCAGACUACAUUGAUAAGAAAUUACUGACGGACAGAUUAUGCAGGGCAAUGGGAGGAGCAGAGAAAGUGGAGAUUGAGAAUGGGACUCACUCGCUGUCUAAUAGAGUUGAAGAAGUUGCCAAUGUCAUUAUUGACUUCAUCAAGAGGGAGGGACCUAAAGGCUGGGACGAUCCAUGGACAUAA